CUCUCUCUCUCUCUCUCCCUCUGGUCACAGCUCGUCCUGACGUCCGUCCACCAUGAUCGUCUCCCUGAUCCUCGUGUUUCUUAUCACCGGUGUGAAAGAAUCACAACAAACAAACACCACAGAUGUGACUCAAGUGGAGACAAAUCAAACGUCCACUUUGUUCACAGACGCAUCAAAUUUGAGUGUGAGUGAAAUGGAAGUGAAGCUUCAGGACAAUGAGACGUCUGUGAUCACAGAGGACGAAGACGCGUUCAUGGAGCAGCCGUUUACGACCAAACACUGUCAGUACGAUCUGCUGCUGUUGUACAGUCACGACUAUUGUGGACAACACUUUCACCAACAAAUGUUGGAGCUCGGCUCAGACAAGUGGUGUCACCUGGACAGUGUCACCAGAGCGUACAGUGACGUCACCACCUGCGUGGAGAGGCUCACCGUCCUGGUUGACUGUUUCUAUCCCAACACUUACACUCAGGAAUUCUUCCUCUCCGUCCACGCACACUACUUCCAGAACUGCGUCAAAGACGAGCUGGUGUUUGAGGACGCGCCUCACUGGGUGAUGACGGUCCUCACGCUCAUCCCCGUCAGUCUCAUCCCCAUCCUUGUCUACCUGGUGAUCUGGAAGAGUAAAGUCCAGGAGUGAGACCCGCGGCAAAAACCCGAAGCCGAACCUGUAAAUAAAACAAAAAUAAAUCAAAAUUAAGAACUG